AUUCAGACAACCUGCUAUACGUGAAAAAUGGCUUCUUGAGUUGCCACGGCUAUACCAAUUUUGAGUGCCCUGAGGUGGACGAACCGUUCUAAAACAUACCUGUGUUCGACAUUUCGCAACGAUCAAAGUAAUAACUAGGUGCCUAACUGCUAGUAAUGCUGAAGCCUUAACUUCUCAAUAUCAUUUUCGUGCCAACUCUUCUUGUACUUUUUAAGCCUCAUAGAUUUCCACGUUUGUUAAUGAUAUUGGACCGUUCCGGCAACCGCAGCCCUCGACAAGGAAGAUUAUAGGUACCUAGACCUACCAAGUAAUUUUUAAAAGAUCGUUAAGUAAUUAGGUUAGGUACAGGUAGGUAGGCUUUCCGUGAAACGGACAUAGAAUAAUAUGCUCGGACCGGCCCGGACUUCAGUGGGUCUGUCGGCUGGACCUAGAACUGGCCGAAAUUAACAUCACCGCUUAACAUCCUUUGCUAAUACCUGUACCUGCAUAGUAGGUACUUUUUUACACUUUGCCGUUCUAUCUAACGCUCGCAACAAUUUACUGCUCCUUUAUGAUUCUCGAGUACCUACUAUAUGUACUAAAAUGUCACUCCAAGAUCGAAUGAUGCAAUAUGAAUCUGUAUUCGAUUCGAAGUUGCCGAUCUCAUCUCCGAUCGUUCUGCAUCUGGAUGGCCACUGCUUCUCACGCCUCGCGGCCCAAACAUGCUUCCAGGGGCCUUUCGACCAACGCAUCCAUGAUGCCAUGGUCGCUACUUGCUCUGACCUUUUACUAAACAUGUUCCCUAAUUCUACCGUCGCCUACACACAAUCCGACGAAAUCACUUUGGUGUUUCCUAAAGGCAACUCCGAGCUCUUUGCCCGACCUGUACAGAAGCUCGCUGCUCUGGCUGCUGGUUAUUGCAGCGUACGAUUCAAUGCGCACCUUUCAGCUUUCUUAACCCCAGAUCUCGGAGGUCGACUUCAAGGCGGGGUCGAGUUGCUUGGUACCGUUUAUUUUGACGCACGGUUUUUUACCGUGCCAAGCAUCGAGGAAGCCCUCAACUAUCUGCUUUGGCGGCGUUCUGGUCAUGCGGUACCGAACUGCAUCAAUGCGCUUGCAGGUACGCUUUUUGAUCAAAGCGAUAUACGUAACAAGGCUUGCGAAGAACUGGUGGAGAUGAUGCGUCGCGAGAAGAAUGUCGUCUACGAAGAAGCUGUGCCUAGAUGGGCAGUCGAGGGAUGUCUCGUGAAGAGGGAGUUAUGUCGCUACGAGCACCCGCACGCUCAAACAGGCCAGGCGGAUGAAGCGUCCGUGAUGACUAGUCAUACGAGAGUAGAAGAGAGGGGGGUUAGAGAGUGCACCACGGAGAAUAUACGGCUGGUAGAAGAAAAUUAUUGGAAUGAUAUUGAUUCCUCUUCACUUCCUAGACGGAUAGUUCCCGUUAUGGUUGACAACGGCGGUGUUUCCACGGCAAAUACGACUGUCUUCGGCCCCAACGUGUACGUCUUCGAUCCGGCGAUGCCAGCAGCUGACGUUCAAGAUAAAGUAACGGCCAUAUUCAAGCAGAUGGAAGCUAACGAGUUCGGCACGGAGAGAUACGCACUUCUUUUCAAGCCAGGUAUCUACAAGAUAUUAUUCGACGUGGGCUUCUACACUCAGGUUGCGGGGCUCGGUCAAAAUCCGGACGAUGUCUUGAUCGACGGCGGUGCCAAUGUGCCAGCUUACUGGAUGCCGAACCGCAACGCUACAUGCAACUUUUGGCGAGCAUUCGAGAAUUUUUCCGUAAACGCCUCGGCGGCAACCAAUCAUACUACGACGAUUGCCGUGUCACAAGCCGCGCCUCUUCGACGUAUGCAUGUGCGGAGCUCUAAUGGCCUUUGGCUAUUUCAGGUCGACCCGGGCACGGGAGCCGGAGGUUGGGCUUCGGGAGGGUUCAUGGCCGAUUCGGUAGUCGACAACCAGGUACUUCCCGGCUCGCAGCAGCAAUGGCUAUCGCGGAAUAAUCAAUAUGGCAGCUGGGCCAACGCCGUGUGGAACAUGGUAUUCGUAGGCGACUCCAAUGCGCCCAGCCAAGAUAACUUCCCAGCUUCCGCAUAUACUACUGUGGACCAAACACCGAUCAUCAGGGAGAAGCCUUUCCUUUAUAUCACUGCCCAGGGAAACUAUGAAGUUUUCGUACCUGCGUUGCAAACUAACACAAAAGGGCCCAGCUGGGCGAAUGGGUCCACAACUCCUGGCGUGUCUAUCCCUAUUGAUCGAUUCUACAUUGCCCAACCCUUCACGUCCAGUGCCGCAAGUAUCAACUCGGCCUUGGAUUCCGGGAAGCACAUCAUCUUUACUCCAGGUAUUUACAAACUCGACAGCGCCUUACGCGUUUCGCGGUCGGGUACUAUCGUCCUCGGGCUAGGUCUACCCUCGCUUAUCCCAGUCUGCGGCCAACCGGCCCUAGCUGUUGAAGACGUGGACGGUGUGACACUUGCGGGUCUCAUAAUUGACGCAGGCGAGAUCAGUUCACCUACCCUCGUUGAGGUCGGGCCGUCGAAUAGUUCGGCCAAUCACGGGUCAAACCCGACGUUCCUCUACGACUUGACGAUACGGACGGCCGGCCACAGCAGAAAUGAGGUUGGUAUUACGAUCAACAGCCGUAACGUCGUCGGUGACCAGUUGUGGCUGUGGCGCGCGGAUCACGGCGACGGCGCAGCCUGGGACGUUAAUCCCACGAGCAACGGCGUGGUGGUUAACGGCGACGACGUUACUAUAUACGGUCUAUUCAACGAGCACCACAAAAAAUUUCAGACGGUCUGGAACGGAAACAAUGGCCGACUCUACUUUUAUCAAUCAGAGAUUCCUUAUGAUCCACCGAACCAAGAGUCCUGGAUGAGUAAAGACGGGAAGGCUAAUGGGUUCGCCUCGUACAAAGUUGCUGAUGACGUUACUAACCACGAAGCAUGGGGGCUAGGCAUCUACUCUUACUUCCGGGAUUCACCUACAAAGCUGGAGAACGCCAUCGAAGUUCCGGAAACCGAGGGCGUCAGGUUGCAUCACAUGACCAUUGUGUGGUUGAACGGAGUGUCCGGUAGUGAGAUUACUCAUAUCGUUAACGGAGUUGGCGGUCGGGUUUAUGCAAACCAGCCCGAGUCUGCUAUGCGCCAAACCUUGAACGAGUUUUCAGGCGGUAGAAGAUGAUGAUUUGAAGUUGAGCCAUCCAACGAGCUCUUCCGAUGGUUUCGGAGAAGCUAGUUUUAGGCUCGCCUCUGUUCAGCAAGGGUUAAAAUUCGAAUUAACUAGUUGAUGUCUACUAGGUUAGUCACUGAUGGCUCUAGCAUUGGUUAUAACUUAGCAGCAUCUAGAUAUUUCGUCAGUUUAGCUCUUGGUCACGUCAGUUCCGCACGAACAUGCAGCGGAUAAGCAUAACCAA